UGGGGGGAGUGGUAGGAGGCAAGAUAAAAGGAGCAAAUGUCUCCUGUCCUGCACACACCAACACACUCCACACGUGCCUGGUCGUCUGUUUGUCUUGCUUGUGGACGCAACAGAGGAGACGAGGAACCACUGUCCAAACAACGCUGUUGAAGCUCUGAACUCAAACCGUGAGUCCAAAUCAUGGAUGUUGCAGAAUUUCGACGCAGAGGCAAAGAGAUGGUUGACUACGUGGCUGACUACUUGGAAAAGAUAGAGGAGCGACCUGUUUACCCUGACCUGGAACCAGGGUAUCUCCGUCAGUUAAUCCCCACCGAGGCUCCACUUGAGCCUGAGGGGUUUGACGAAAUAAUGCAAGACGUAGAGAGGGUCAUAAUGCCUGGGGUCACCCACUGGCACAGCCCCCGAUUCUUUGCUUAUUUUCCAGCAGCUUCUUCCUUCCCUGCCAUGCUGGCUGAUGUGUUAUGUAGUGCCAUCGGCUGCAUUGGAUUUUCCUGGGCUGCCAGCCCAGCCUGCACCGAGCUGGAGACAGUGAUGUUAGAUUGGCUGGGAAAGAUGCUGCAGCUGCCCGACUGUUUUAUAGCCGGGACGCAAGGCCGUGGAGGAGGGGUCAUUCAGAGCACAGCCAGUGAGGCGACCCUGAUGUCCCUGCUCGCUGCUCGCUGUAAAGCAGUCAGACUGAUCCAGGCCGGAGACGCCGACAGAUCUGAGGCUGACAUCCUCUCUAAACUGGUGGCCUACACGUCUGAGCAGGCUCAUUCUUCAGUGGAGCGCGCUGCUCUGAUUGGAGCAGUAUUGAUGAGGAAGGUUCCUACAGACCACUGCUACGCCGUCAGACAGGAAACAUUGAAGAGGAUGGUGGAGGAAGACAAAGCAGCAGGACUCAUCCCAUUUUAUUUUUGUGCCACCCUCGGCACCACUCCUUCGUGUGCGUUUGAUCGGAUCACCGAGCUGGGACCCCUGUGUAAUAAGGAAAAUAUGUGGAUGCACAUUGAUGCAGCUUAUGCUGGGAGUGCCUUUAUCUGCCCUGAAUUUAGACCUUUAUUAAACGGCGUCGAGUUUGCAGAUUCUUUCAACUUUAAUCCACACAAAUGGCUUUUAGUCAACUUCGACUGCUCUGCGAUGUGGGUGAGGGAGAGAGCAGACAUCAUCGGAGCCUUUAAGAUGGAACCGCUUUACCUGAAACAUGAAAACCAGGAAUCAGGGCUGGUUACAGAUUACAGGCACUGGCAGAUUCCACUGGGAAGAAGAUUUCGUUCUCUGAAGAUGUGGUUUGUGUUUCGUAUGUACGGACUCAAAGGCAUGCAGGCUCAUAUACGAAAGCAAGUGAGCCUGGCCAAAGAGUUUGAAAGUCUGGUCCGAGCAGACAAGAGGUUUGAGAUUUGUGCGGAGGUUGUUAUGGGACUGGUCUGCUUCAGGCUCAAGGGCUCCAAUGAGCUCAACCAGAGCUUGCUGAAAAAGAUCACAAAGAGCAGAGAGAUCCACCUGGUGCCCUGCCAGCUGUCCAGCCGCUUCGUCCUGCGCCUGGCCAUCUGCUCGCGCAGCACCGAGUCCCGUCACAUCCAACACGCGUGGCGGCACAUCACACAGCUUGCCUUCGAGCUUCUGCAGGAGCAGCCACACUGACCACAAGUUUGGAAGAGAGUCUGCUCAUGUCGACGCUUAAAUGAGAACCAACGUUUAGACAAAUGUUUGUGGAGUGUGCAGAUUUAAAAUGCAGUGAGGCUGGAUUUGCUUUGAUUUACUUAAACAUCAGGCGUGUUUUUGUUUGCAGCCAAUUGUCCUAUUUAACAAACACUGAUUGUUUUCAUAUUAAUGUUGUAGAUUGGUACUUGUGGGUAAAAAUCAGUAGCGUUAGUAUUCUGCAAAAGCAAAAUGUGAAAAUAAGGAUGCUGGUGCUAGGUAUUUGAUUUUAAAUCUGCAAUUUCUAAACACAUUGUCUAAGCUGCUGUUUAAUGAUGUAAUUGUCCUUUCAAUGGUGCACUGAUGUCUCUGCAAGCUUUACGUGCUGCUUCUGUGUCUUCAGCUGAUCAGAUAUGGUUUGCAGAUGGGUUCAUUAAACUGUUCAAAACUGGGUUGUGUGAAAAGACAAAAAGGUUUAUGAACAAUUUACAUUUUACCCGUUCCAUUUUUUAAAAUCAUCUCAGUUUUGAGAAACGUUUCAACUCUCAGCAGUUAAAUGAGUUCUCCGAUCGAAGCCAAGGCCAAAUUUGCCAACCUAUAACCACCUCCAAAAUUUCAGUGGUCACUUUUGCAAAUAAUAUUUUUGUAAACAUCUACACCGCCAUCUGUUUUGCAUUAUAUUGGAUCCUUUGAGAAUGAAUACCAUGAGAUUCCUGUUGAAAUUGUCCCCUAGAUAGAAUGGGAAGUGCUACAGCCAGUUGUUGCUGCUGUCAAUUAUAAUUUAGAUGUCUGCAUAUCACUUUGGUCCUGAGUCUUCUCCACCUACCAUUACCUACCACCCCCCACCAAAACAAACAAACAAACAAACAAACAAACAAACAAACAUACAUACAUACAUACAUACAUACAUACAUACAUA